AUCCGGCCCAUGAGGCAAGCACCUUCUUCUGUCUGCGCGUCCUUCCUAGUUCAGUAACAUUCUGAGUGAGAACACGAAAUGGCGUCGAACUGUAGUCGGAAAUGUUUCCAAAUAGCUUCAUCUUCUUCUAAAACCCUAUUAUCUCGUCGAUCUUCUUCUUCUUCAAACUCCUGUAAAUUCAAUUCCUCUGCUUCUUCUUCUUCUUCUUCUUUUCAAGCUUCCCCACAAAAACGCUUACUCUCCUACUCCAUAAGGUUUCCGGUGCAAUUGGCUGGUACACAGGUCUCAUUGACGCCGUUGCAUAGUGUCACUGCUUCUGCAUUGUUCACUUCUCUGCUGUCUUUGCAUAAUAACACCUGGGGUGUUCUUUCUGAAGCGGAUGUGACUUAAAAACAAUGUUUCAAAUACAUAGGCAGGUUUUGCAACACCUUUAUAACAUUCCGAUAAUGAUAUCUUGCUUCUAGGCCAUCCAGAUACUGUUAGGUGCAGGUUGUUUCAAUACUUGUUUCUUGUAGGUACUGCGAUCAAUAAUGUAAUUUGAUUCAUUUUAUUUAUCUACUUAGACUCUCAGGUGGCAGUCGUCUUGUUUACAUUUACCAAGUCUUUUUUGUUUGUUUGAAUUCAGUAUUUUCCUGAUGGUUAACCCUUCAGUUUGGGAAAUUUUUCAUGUAAAAUGUAUACUAGUUUUGAAGUGAUUUUAUUUUGAAUGAAUCUUCAGAUAAAGUUUUUAUCAUGUGA